AUGGCCGGCCACCCCACCCCUACUCCCAAGAAGGUGGCAUCUGAUCUCAUUGCCCGCCAGACCAUUCGAGACAAGCUGCUGAGCCCCAACAGCGACCUAUUCGCCCAUCUCCUCAAGUCGGUCGACGACAAUCGCAAAGUCGCUGUCCCAGUCUCUCUGCUGCCGCCGUCGGUGCAGAAGGGCAUCAAGGCCAACGAUCCGACCAUCGCCUCGCCCUUCUUCCAGUCCAAGAUUCCCAGCCACGUACAGGGCGCUGCCAUUUCAACCAUUCCCCUCAACUUGUUUGAGUUCUAUAUGGUCAGCUUUGCGUUCCUGGCGACACGGGGCAUACAGGCAAGGGGCAAAGCACAGCCCGACGACAGGGGCCGAAUGAGCACCUACCUGCCCCGCUUCUCAGCCGAACCCGAGAAGGCUGCUGGGGCUAGCCAGGAGCAGCAGCAACUCUACCAGCGCCUCUUUGGGCAGUAUCUGCAGAUGUGCUUUCCCAGCAGUUCAGCUGUCGUUCCGCACUCGGCGCCGCCCUCUCCUGCCGGGCCGAUCGAUCUGGUGGCCACUUCUAACCGUUAG